AUGAGAAUCCUCUGUCUCCACGGAGUCGGCAGCUCUGCCGCUAUCCUUGAGAGCCAGCUGCGGCCCUUCAUGCGUGCUGUCGACCCGUGCGUCGAAUUUGUCUUCGUCGACGGCCCCGUGCCGUCACCCCGCGGCCCGGGCAUGGCCGCCUUCCUCGACGGCCACUUCUUCUCGCACACCUCCUCCUACUCUCCCAGCGCCAUUUCCGACGCCCUCGCCCACCUCUCGGACCUCAUCGCCGACGCCGGGCCCUUUGACGGCGUCCUCGGCUUCAGCCAGGGCGCGGCGCUCGCCCUCUCCUACAUCCACCAGCAGCAGACGCGACGCGAGCCGCCGCCGUUCCGCUUCGCGCUGUGCUUCUCGAGCGUGAUCCCGUGCUCCGGCGACGCCGAGUACUGCCACGACGUCGUCCAGCGGCUGCUGGCUCUCCCAGCCGGCAGCGAGAUUACCUCGUCGUACCCCAGCGCCGCUGAAGAAGGCCUGAGCGCCGACGCGGCGCUGUUCGUCGAGGUGCUGCGGCGCACCAUCCUGCCGGCCAAGAAGCACAACGCGCUGCUGCCGGAUUACGACGUCGGCGUGUACACCGACGGAGAUGGCAGCGAGGCGCCGCGCCUGAUGUGCGGCCCGCUGCUGCGCGAGAAGAUCGCCGUGCCGACGGUGCACGUCGUGGGCAAGCGGGAUCACGAUUUCAUGCGGAAUAUGUCCGACGUUGCUCAUGGGAUUUGCGACGAGAGGUUGAGUAGGCGGUUGGAGCAUUCGGGGGGCCAUCAGCCGCCGCAGAAGGAUGGCGAGGUCAAGGCUGUGGUGAGGGCGAUGGAGUGGGCGAUAAGGAUGUCGGAGAGGACGGCAACUUUGCAUCUAUGA